AUGAUGCAGAGCGCGGCUGUCCCCGCGGAGGGGGCUGUCAAGGGGCUCCCGGAGAUGCUCGGUGUGCCGAUGCAACAGAUCCCCCAAUGUGCUGGCUGCAACCAGCAUAUCCUGGACAAAUUCAUACUGAAGGUUCUGGACAGACACUGGCACAGCUCCUGUCUCAAGUGCGCAGACUGCCAGAUGCAGCUGGCCGACAGGUGCUUCUCCAGGGCCGGGAGCGUCUACUGCAAGGAGGACUUCUUCAAGCGCUUCGGCACAAAAUGCACAGCCUGCCAGCAGGGUAUCCCCCCCACCCAGGUGGUCCGCAAAGCCCAGGACUUCGUGUACCACCUGCACUGCUUCGCCUGCAUCAUCUGUAACCGGCAGCUGGCCACGGGGGACGAGUUCUACCUCAUGGAGGACGGGCGGCUGGUGUGCAAGGAGGACUACGAGACGGCCAAGCAGAAUGAUGACUCAGAGGCUGGAGCUAAGCGGCCUCGGACCACCAUCACAGCGAAGCAGCUGGAGACCUUAAAGAACGCUUACAAGAACUCCCCCAAGCCUGCCCGGCAUGUGAGGGAGCAGCUGUCCUCAGAGACGGGGCUGGACAUGAGGGUCGUACAGGUUUGGUUUCAGAACAGAAGGGCCAAGGAGAAACGCCUGAAGAAGGAUGCGGGGCGGCAUCGCUGGGGGCAGUUCUAUAAGAGCGUCAAGAGGAGCCGGGGAGGCAGCAAGCAGGAGAAGGAGAGCUCUGCAGAGGACUGUGGGGUUAGUGACAGUGAGCUGAGCUUCCGAGAGGAUCAUAUUCUCUCAGAACUUGGACACACCAAUAGGAUUUAUGGCAACGUGGGGGACGUUACAGGCGGACAGUUAAUGAAUGGGAGCUUCUCCAUGGAUGGGACAGGACAAUCUUAUCAGGACUUGAGGGAUGGGAGCCCCUAUGGAGUCCCCCAGUCUCCAUCCUCCAUUUCGUCUUUGCCAUCCCACACUCCUUUGCUCAAUGGGCUGGAUUACACGGUGGACAGUAAUUUGGGCAUCAUUGCGCAUGCGGGGCAGGGAGUAAGCCAGACGCUGAGAGCCAUGGCCGGGGGGCCCACCUCUGACAUCUCCACAGGAAGCAGUGUAGGCUACCCCGACUUUCCUACUAGCCCAGCCUCUUGGCUUGAUGAAAUGGAUCAUCCUCCUUUUUAA